AUGCAUUCUAACAACGAAAGCUACUUAGCUGCGUCAACGAGAAGUGACAAUGUUGGUACAUCCCUCGACACCGAAUCAGAUUUUGUUUACGAUAAUGAUCUAUUAACUGAUGUUCAAAUGAAAUUUUCUGCUGUUGAACAGAGUCCACAUGAAGAAGUAGCGGCAAGUGUCCCUAAUACAGAUGAUGCAACAACCGUGAAUAAUUCAUUUCGAAUGUGGUUUCUUGGGGUUUUGUUCACAGGUGCUAUAUCGGUUAUUAAUCAAUUCUUCGCUUUUCGAACUAGUCCGCUGCUAAUAGGGCCAUUAAUUGUGCAAGUGUUAGCGAUGCCCGCUGGUAAGUUUCUGGAAUAUAUAUUACCAAAACGAAUUUGGCGUAUAGGGAAAUGGCAUUUUUCAUUAAAUCCUGGUCCAUUCUCAAUGAAAGAACAUACAGUCAUUACCAUAAUGUCGAAUACAACGACUUUCGGUUACGGUAUGGAACUUAUCACGGUAAUGCGCAUCUAUUAUAAUCGAACAGUUAAUCAUGGUGUAGCCAUAUUUUUAGUAUUAACAGCACAAGGAGCACAUUUGGUUAUGAUGAGAAUGUGGAAUGCACAAGUAGGAGUUGCUCUUCAAGGUACUAGCCUGAUGCACGAUCAUAUCUGUAAUGGAGCUGACUUACCAGUUAGUCGAAGCUAUUAG